AUGGCGGCUAAAAGCCCUGACUCCCUCAUCGGCCAAGGGCCAUUCCAUGCUCGUGUCCACCCAGCUAAGCCUGCUGUAAACAAAUGGCAUAAGCCGGGUAAUGAGAAAGGCAACGAUGCCGCGCCAGAGUACCGCGCCGAGACCUUCCCACCAGGAACUGCACCCGCAGAGCACACUUUCCACCCGAAUCCCGAGAGCAACUACACGACUGAAGCCUUGAACAUGCCUGCUCUAGACAUGCCAGGCUCGACGUCAAAGGAUAUCUACAAUUCUAUCGACACCGUCCAUGGCAGACCACUGAUCGGCCUAGAGAACCGUGAAAUCAGAGGAGUCCAUCCGAGAAAGAGGAAGAAGGAACGCAGUGGUCUGGAAGGUGUAGGUGCCAGUACAGCAUACUCUGUGUUUGACAAGGUUAGGGAUACGGUUGCUGAUAAGCCCAAUGUGGAAAAGGGGCUUAGGGGUUACUCUGGGAAGAUAGAGGGGGGAUUGGCUGCUGAUGGAGCAGAGUCCAUGCCGCCUGUCAAGGCAGAUGAGCGGGCUGUUCGUGAAGGUCCCCAUAAAUCUAAAGCUUGA